AUGCAGGGCCAGCCGGCGUCCACAAGUCAGGUCAGCAACAAUUCAGUGGCCAAAGUCUUUCACGACGUGCGCAGUACAAGCAAGCAUGAACCUUUGGACAUCGUUCUUGGUGGAGAAAACUUCCAUGUGAAUCCACUGGCGUCGACUUCUGCCACCGGUGUCCGUGCUGCGUCUGACGAGAAGUGCCUCCCACAAAUGGCUGAAGUGAGUGAGACAGGGCUGGGACGAUUCCUGUCCUUCACUUCAAAACUGGGGCAGGCAAGGUACGCAAAGCAAUUAGUGGAUUUUAUCGUGGAGGGCUCCAAUCUGCGGGACCUCUUCGAUGUUGGACCGGAGGGUGGAGUGUGGUGGCUUGAUGUCCUUAACCCCACCAAAGCAGAACUUGACGUUAUUGCCUCAGCGUUCAAAAUCCAUCGUUUGAAAAAGGAGGACAUUGAAACGCAGGAAGCUAGUGAGAAGGUGGAGCUCUUCUCACAAUACUGUUUCGUCUGCUUCCGCUCAUUCGAGAUGAAUAAACCAUGUGACGACUGUGACUUCGUCUCCCUGAGUCCGGACUACAUAUGCUAUGCCAUGAUUGACGAUAUUGUAGACUCCUUCGCACCUAUUAUUCACGAGGCAGAAAUUGAAUCCCAAAAAAUCGAAGACCAGGUUUUCAUCGCUCGGGAGGACGACUUCCUUGCUCUCUUACGACAGAUUGGCGACUGCCGCAAGCGUGUCCUCAAUUUAAUGCGGCCUCUUGGUGGAAAGGCGAAUGUUAUCAAAGGGUUCGCCAAACGUUGUAACGAGCAGUACAGAAUUACUCCACGUGGUGACAUCGGCCUUUAUCUUGGCGACAUUCAGGACCACGUAGUCACCGUGAUGAGCAACGUGGGUCAUAUUGAGAAGAUGCUCAGCCGCUCUCAUGCGAAUUAUCUGGCUCAGUCGAGCGUUGACAGCAUUCUCGAGGGCAACUACACGAACAGAUCGCUUGCCAAGAUUAUGGUUGUUGCCACGAUUCUGGUACCCCUGAAUUUGAUUACCGGUUUGUUCGGGAUGAAUGUGCACGUACCUGGACAGGAUCUGUCAGGAUACAGUUGGUUCGGAGGGAUCCUCGGUGUGAUUGUGCUUUUUGUCAGUGUCAGCCUUCUCCUGGCAAAGAAGAUGAAGUUGAUUUGA